CCCUUGGACCUCAUUGACUGAUGCUAAUGCUAUUGGAACUGGAGCUGAAAGUGAUCUUACAGUUAUCAAGCCAUCAUUCAAAAAUCUAAAGGAAAAAGCUGUUAGUUCUGUGGAGAGCAUGCUAUUCUGGAAUGAAGAGCAAGCAGAAGUCUUAUUCAGUGAUGUUUCAAGAUGCAUUGUGACGGGUGAAUAUGGUUCUGGGAAAACUUGGAUUGUCCUAGAGAAAAUGAAAAGACUAAUAUUAAACAAAGGUGGAGAUAAUCAUCGUGGCAUAUUUAUAUCCUGCUUAUUGCCGCUUUAUAAUUACAGUGACAAAUUUGUUCCUCCAAUUUAUAACAUUAUCAUGAGAGAGCAUUUUGAUAAAUUGGUAAACAAUCUUAGACAAGCCAAUGGAAUUGAUGUUCAAUGGAAGUUUUACAGUGCACAGGAAAUUUGUGAGAAAAUGGGCACUCCUGUGACUGAGGAGGGGUUUUAUUUAAAUCUUCAACAGUUUAUCAAGAAUUUAAGCCAAGAAGACGGAGUGACAUCAGUGUUUUGUGAUGAGUUUGGAGAUGGAAUGAUCAAAAGGGAAUGGGAAGAUACAUCAGAAAAUCAUAUGAAUGAGGAAAUUCUUAGAAAUGUUGUGAUAAAUCUAAAUGAUAAUCACUGUCCAGAAAUCAAAACCUUGAUAAUAUCUCUUCAUCCAAAUUGUGAUGUAAAAGCAUUCCAACAUUGUGGGGUUUCCACAAUAUACCUUAAGAAUGUUAUGAGAAACACAGCAAACAUCUAUAAUAUAAACCAAGAAUCAUUCAGAGGCAAGACUUUUCACAAUUUUAGGACCUCAACCGACAAAACUUGAAUUAGAACUUGAAGACCUUGGAUUCUAUAGUCAAGCACUUGAACUGGUUUCAAGUAAGAAGUUUGUAUGCAUUUACCCAGAAGUUAAUUUUGACUUCAAGACAUUUACGACAGAGUUAAGAGCAAGAAACAUUCCAUUGUUUGAAUAUUGUAAAAAAGAGCAUUCAGCAAAUCUAACUGACUUUCUUGGUGCUGACGAGGGUUGUUUCUUGACUAGAUAUGAAAAUCUACGGGGUGCAGAAUCCACCACAGUUCUUGCCUUUUGUGAUUCAUCACAAGACUUAGGAUUACAGUCGAUGAGAGCUUCAGUGCACUUGGCAAAUAAUUUGCCAGAAGGUCUCAUUAAAUCCUUUUCAGAACCUGAACCUGGACUUCUCGUGAUAAAAGGUACCUUGGAGGAUUCAUCCCUCUACAGAAAAGUUCUAACUGAGCUGAAAAAAGAAAACAUUCAAAAUUUAUCUUUGUUCUUGAAAAUCACACCAAUUUUCUGGAUAUUGUGAAAGGACAACUCAAAAAUGACCUCCAUGCAUAUUCUGAACAUAAUGAACCUACUCUAAAAGAUCUGAAGAAAAACUUGAAUAUUCUUCAGUAUGGAUGUUUGCUGUAUAUUCUGCCCUCUAAGUAUAGAUAUGAUUUACUGACGAUGCUGAUGGGAUUUCAGCUUCCUCUUGUGCAUUUCAUAGUUGAACCUAAACUUCUCCAUACCUUUGUGACCAUUAAAUGCUUGCACUUUUAAAAUCAUAAGAUAUCAUGCAUGAUAUCUUUUUUUAUGAUCCGAGAGUUACUUUUGAAAACCAUUAUUCCUGUUUCGAGGAUUUUUGAUAAUGAAGACGACAUUUUCAUAUUUUCCAGGAAUGUUCGGAAAUCCAGCCCCAGCUGUAAAAACAAGUUGUAAGCUAAAUGUUGUCUUAAAAACUUUAAACUUUGAAUUCUGUGAUAUCUGACAGUAUAAUU